AUGGACAGCCUUCACCCUGGUGCUGCAGAGAUUGAUGCAGAGGUCUAUGCUGGGAUCAAAGCACCGCGUCCCUGGCCUCAUGGGGACAAGAGUGGGUUAAAUCCAGACAGUGUACGUCAGAUGCAGAAAUUAUUUUGUUUUUACACAGGGUGUUUUUCUUCCUCGGAGGAUCGAGUUACCAGCGAUGGGAAGCCACCAAAAUUUCAGCCGCCUCCAAAGCCCGUCAUUAUUGACAAGCAGAAGCUGAGGGAGGAGAGGAGGUUCUUGAGCCCUGAAUUUAUACCUCCCAGAGGGAGAACAGAUCCCUUUAAAUUCUAUAUAGAAAGAAAGGAUAUGAUACAGAGACGAAAAGUCUUCAACAUCCCAGAGUUCUACGUUGGCAGUGUCCUUGCCGUUACUACUGCUGAUCCGUAUGCCAAUGAGAAAGUCAACCGGUUCGUAGGCAUCUGCAUUCAAAGAGGAGGAAAAGGACUUGGUGCUACUUUUAUCCUUCGGAAUGUUAUAGAAGACCAAGGUGUUGAAAUCUGUUAUGAACUAUACAAUCCUCGAAUCCAGGCGAUCGAGGUUCUGAAGCUAGAAAAGAGGCUGGAUGACAACCUGAUGUAUCUGCGAGAUGCCCUCCCUGAAUAUAGUACUUUUGAUAUGAACAUGAAACCUGUGUCUCAUUUAGACCAUGAAGAAAUUCCUGUAAACAAGCUACAGGUACGAAUGAAACCUAAACCGUGGUCAAAAUGGUGGGAAAGGCCAAAAUACAACAUAAAAGGAAUAAAGUUUGAGCUACCUGAGAAAAAAAUGAAAGAAGCACAGAAGUGGAGCCAGCCAUGGCUGGAGUUUGAUAUGCUGCGAGAAUACGAUACUUCAAAAAUAGAGGAGAAAAUUUGGAAAGAAGUGAGUGAAGAGCUUAAGAAAUAAUAAUGGUUUUUGCAGGCUAGGAAUUACUGAGAAGGUUAAGAUUUACUUUGAAUUUACUGUAUGGAUUAUCACUUGUCAAGUUUUGUAUAUAUACACAUAGGCAAAAUAGACAAUAAAGUGAGCCUUUGCAGAAAAUGUCAGUGUAUGAACUUUUGUGGUUGAACACUUUCUGUUCCUGCAAACAGCCACUCCUUUUUCUGAGGAGUGGAAUGCUGUGUUCUCCCCUUCUCUGGGAAUGAGAAGCCUCCUUUUUUAAAUUGAAUUGCAGUUAACAAGAGGGGCUGGCAUCACCUGUUCAAGUU